AAUUAGAAAUAGCCAGGAUUUGCUUUAGUUAAUGAAAUCUCCAGAUUUCGUGUAUAUAGAAAGUGAAAAAUUUGUUUCAUAUUUUACGCAUCUAUGGCCAUAAUUGCUUACCCACCCAUGUUUGAUCUUAUCUAUUGAUUUAUUAGGGUGUUUUCAACCAAAAUUAAAUGAGAAGGAAAUCUAAAAGAUUCAUAUCACCAAUUCACCAUAUUUAUUAUUGUUCCUGUGAUCAGGGAGCCUACAUAAACUUUCCCCUGUUUCAAUCUUUUACUUUCAUCAUAGACAAAAAUCAUCGUCAAAGCAAAUGGAAACCCAAGCACUCCUCUGCCUUACCUUGGCUUUUCUCUUCUUCUCUGGGGCUCACUCAGUAACAUUCACAAUAAAAAACAACUGCCCCUACACAAUAUGGCCAGGAACAUUGACUGGCGGUGGCCUCCCUCAAUUAACAUCAACCGGGUUAGAGCUAGCCUCCGGAGCUUCGUCAGCCCUUGACGUUUCUGCUAACUGGUCAGGCCGCAUGUGGGCACGAACCCAAUGCUCCAAUGCCAACGGCAAGUUCAGUUGUGGCACAGCCGACUGUGGCUCUGGACAGGUCAUAUGCAACGGUGCGGGUGCAAUCCCACCAGCCUCACUCGUCGAGUUCACUCUAAAUGGCAGCGGUGGACAAGAUUUCUACGAUGUCAGCCUUGUCGAUGGCUUUAACUUGCCCUUGUCGAUAAGCCCACAAGGCGGGUCAGCUAGUUGCCAAAGCACAAGUUGUCCAGGGAAUGUGAACCAGGUUUGCCCUCCGGAGUUGGUUGUGAAAGGGUCUGAUGGCAGCGUAAUCGCUUGCAAGAGCGCAUGUGAGGCUUUCAAUCAGCCGCAAUACUAUUGCACCGGAGAUUUUAGUACCCCAGAUAGAUGUCCGCCUACACAGUAUUCCAAGGUUUUCAAGGAUCAGUGCCCUCAGGCUUACAGCUAUGCCUACGACGAUAAAACUAGCACAUUUACGUGCCCCACUGGUGCCAAUUAUCUUGUCACAUUCUGUCCAUAAGAUCUGGAAGUAGUUUUCUUCUAUUUGUAUAUAGGAAAAGCUACUUCCUCCCAUUCACAAUAAAAUUAUACUUAGUUUUAAAGUUAAA